AUGACUCGUUUUUUAACAGACAAUCACAAUAUUUGUGACCGAGGAGAGUACGACGAUGGCAGCAAUAUAAUUGUAGAUAAUAACAAAACAAUUGGUAUAGACUAUUUAACAUGGCUAAAUUCGAAUGCCAUUGUUAAAAUGUAUAACAAAUUUGUAUGCCAGAUUAAAAGUCCUGGAGUCAACAAACAGAUAGGAAACCAAAUCAUUGACUUUAUCAAGAAGGAGAUAUUUUCUUCUAAUCCAGCGAGAGAGUAUGGCAUAACACGAUUGGAGGCGAUAAUAUAUAACUAUACUUUUGGAGAUUAUUAUAAGGCAAGGGAUGUAUUGAAACCACUGGAAGAUUGUUUUAGUUUAUAGAAAAAUAGUAAAAUGUAUUUCCAAAAUGCACUGUUUUAGUCGGUGUCGAUUGCUAAAAUGUGGACAAAAUUGCCAGACAGUUUACAGAAUAGCUGUUGCAUCGUGUUUAAUAAUUUCUUGCAGUACGUAUAUUGGGGCAAUUCGAAUAUGAAAAAGUUAACUGGAAUACAAAUUAAAUAUCGAGGACACUAGGUUGAUCAAAACUAACAAUGUUAUUUCCCAGAUUAUAAGGAAAAUAUCUAACAUAAACAAUAAACUUUCUCCGUAUAUAAUAAAAGAAAUAUACUCUCUCUCGUCUGUAUACGUAACAUCUGUGGAAAAACUAAAGUUAGAAUUCGAAGAAAUAAAUAUGAAAAAAAGAAAUUUAGAUAAUUAGUCAAAGACAAUUUCCAUUAAAGAAUACCAUAUGCAUCUGUCAGAGAAAGAACACGAGUAAGAAAUGGCUGAAUUUGGAUACAGAUGGUUUUUACCGAAUUUCUGCUUUUACUGUUAAUAAUAAAGGAAAAUACCCAUACGUUGGAGAAUUUGCCGAAAAAGGUGAGACCAAAUUGUAUACAUCCUAAAAGGCUCAUUAAAAAAUGUUUUUAUAAAUAUUCACAUCAGAGAAAAACAUAAGGAAGAAGGAUACGUUCUAAUUCCGUUUAACGAAAUGAUAUUAAUAGUCCUCUCGACAGAAGAAACUAUUAUAACAUUUAAUACUAAUAGAGUUACUACAUUUAAUGGCAAUUAGUUCGCAAAGGUGGUAAAUGUUUAAUUUUUUUCAGAAGUAUAACGAGAUAUAGAUGAAUUUCCUUUUAAUCAAUUUGAUAUACAACAAAUCGCAGAAAUAACCAUGCAAAAAGUAAAUGAUUAUGUUAAGGUUAUACAGUGUCGGCGUUUGGAUAAAUACCGGACAAGUCGGAAUUAGUCAUAAGUGGAUGAAUAAUUAUAUACUAAUUAAUUAUACUAAUUAUAAGAUAAAAAUUAAGGUGGAUUGAAUUAAAACUACUCCUAGUAAAAAUAAAGAAAAACGGGUUUUUUGUGUGUAAUAAUGUAUAAUAUAUGUAUAAAUAUUUUGUAUUGUUAAAAAUAAUAAAUAAGUAUUUACCUAUAUAAAUUUUGUCUUUUUAUUUAAAAAAAAAAACCCUUCCAUUAAGAUUAUAUAAAUUUAGCAUAAUAUUUAAAAGUAGUUGAAAGUGGGUAGCUGAAAUUGUAUUAAGGUUAAUUUCAGAUAAUAUCUGUUGCAUAGUCAAAAAAUGUUACCACCUACCUUCUCACUUGUUCUAUAUGAUUAUCAAAUAAUUAUUCCUAAGUUUAAUUUUGAUCACUUAUAUACCCAUUUCGUUCAUUAAACGGGCUCAAAUUUAUACGUCUUCAAUCAGAAUUCUGCCAUAUUUUUCCCAAACUAAACUGAACAUACAUUAAAUAUUGCACAAGUUAAUAUUGAAUGUCGUUUAAAUUUAACGUUAGUUUCCAUGUGUAUUCCAUAUUUUCAAACCUUGUAAAUGGACGGAAACUAAUAAUGUAACCACUCUUAUUAAUGACGAAACCCCCUUCUCAUGCCACACAAAAUAUGUGAUAAUAACCUAUAAUUAGUGAAUGUGUAUUAAUGACGAAUCAAACCGAUUAACAUCAUUAGGCAAUUAAUUUACCACUUGAUCAACUUUAGAUUCACCAAGCGCGGAAUAACCCAAACGUUGUGCGUAUGCAAUAAUAGUUUCCAUGAUAUUUACAAUAACAAAUAUCAGCUUUUGUACAACGGAAACUAAUAAAUAUACGUAAUAUCCAAAUAUAAAGGGUCCAAAACAAUUUGUUACGUUACUCUUCAAUAUCAAAAUUAAGUAUUCAUAAAGAUUUAUUCAAAUUUUAUGAAGAUGUUUAUAUUUCAACUGAGCAAUUAAAUCAGUUGUUUUUCCUCAGCUAUAAUAUCUAAUUAUGUUGUCGUAUUAAAGAAAUAAAAUUGUAUAAUUGCUAAUUAACACACUUUUAAUCCUUACUGUGAAAACGAUAACCAUUUGUAAUCAUUAAGACGAUACACAGUAUUAUACGAAUCUUAAUAACUACAACUUUUUCUUUUCNUUUGUUCACUUUUUAAAUUUUCAGAAUAGCAAAUUUGUUAAACAUAUAAAAAUAUGAAUGUAUCAUAUAAUUAUAUCUGAUUAACAGUUUCUUUAUAUUAGCCGUUUUAAUAUCUAGAGAAAGGUUUGAAAACCGAAACUAACUCGUUCUGCGAAAGCCAACCACAGUAGUAAUACAAAGUAAAAAAAAACAUUUAAAUCAUUAAAAAACUAAUGAACGGAUAAAGAAGUGUAAUACAUUGGAAUUUCGGAAUAAAAUUUUUUACGAAAAGGCUAUUAAAAGAAUUUAAAAAAUUAAUACAAAUUAAAAAAAAAAAAAAUUUUUUUUUUCAGAGAUUUAGAAAUGAAAAUAAAAAUGUUAUUUUCUUUACAUUUGUAUCCUCCUGACACAAAACCCGAUUCAAAAACAUAUGUUAAUAAAAAAAUUAAAUAUUCACAGAAUUAUUAGCGUUCAUAAAACCAUACAAGACACUUCGUAUAUAAUUAAUUGCAUAUUAAAAUACCUAUAUUAUAAUAUAAUAGAUAAUUUAUGUAAAAAAAAACUAAUGUUAUUGAUGGAUGUGCUACUGUUAUAUUUAAAAGAAAAUUUGGGAAGGGAAUAGAUACAAACGUUUUUUAAUUUUAAUUUGUACGUUAUGAUAGAACAAUGCUUACGAAAAACGAUUCAGAGUGAAGGUCGAUUAUAAAUGUUAUGAAAAGCAGUAAUUUUGAACAAGAAAUAAUAUUAUACAUUAUAUUAAAACAAUGCUACAUAUAACUCAUUUUUUGUUUCACAUUGGUUAUAAAAACUACUUGGAACAUCAAAAAACGACUACUUACAAGAGAAUAUAGUUUUAAAAUUUAACAAGGUUACUUAUUGUUUUUUGAUUUUAACAAUAUUUCCUGAACAAAACAUAAAUGUAAAAAUUAAAAACAAUGAAAUAGGUAAUGUUUAGGCAAUUUCGCAGUUUUUUCGAAAAUUUCUUUUCCGGUUUUUCCUAAUUACUAUGUAAGCCACCUGAAAAUCAACACAUCAUCUCCCUAAAUCACUAACUAACUACAAAAUCCUUUCAGAUAACAUAAUAUCCUUGACACAACAAAACAAAAUUUUUGAUUGAACUAAAGUUAGAUUCAGUCAUUUAAUGGAAUUUUGGUAGGAGGGGAGUAGUGGUGCACUAAUAACACGCCGCGACACUUUUACACCGUACGCUUACAAAUAAUUACUUUUUACUCUAUUAUUAUAAUUUACAUUUUUAUAUUUUCUAUUUUAUUUCUAUAGUAAUAUGCUUUUUACACCAAAAAUACUACCAGCCUUAGAACAACCAGAUUUUAGAGUAUAAUAAUUGAAAUGUUUAUACGCGUAAAACUUACGUAACGUAUGUGUCAAUAUUAGACCAAACACACAAAAUACAAUUUUUAAAAAUAAACAUUGCGUAUUUCUUUCUACAAAAUCGGAACACUUGUAGUUCAUCAAAAACACAUACAUCAUAUAGCAAAUAUAUUUUUCACUAAGAUAAAUAAACUAUUAUAAUUUUAUUGAAAUGAUUUAUAAACUGUUUUAAUUUUUUAUAUUUUUCAUUUCAAGAAUAUUUAGUAAAUAUUUAUUAAAUAUGGAUGUCUACGGGAAUUUCGUUUAUUUAAUAUUUAAAAAAUGAUAUUUUUCAAUAAUUAUUUUUUUAAUGAGAAAAAAUUCAAACAAACGGAAUCUCGUAACUUGCUACAGUAUGGUAUUCAUUGAAUCCGAUACCCUGUUUAAUCUAAACUAACGCCAUAUCCAAUAACUACCUACCUAAUUAUUAAGAAGUUGCCUUUAUGACUAUAUAAGUAAAUUUCAAAAUAUUAUAAGUAACUAGAAUGACAUCUCGAAAUUGCUGUAUUUUCGGGAACUGGAACUUUAACCUCCUCUGUAUAAUUCACACCAGUGCCGGUAUGACGUGGGGGACGGUGGGGGGGCGUACCCAAUUUUCUUUAACUAUCAGGUAUUUCUGUGUAUUUUCUCGUUCAGUAAAAUAUAAAAUUCUAUAAUUCAUAUAAUAAGAAUAAGUGAACCCCCCCAAAAUCAAAUAAAAUAAAAAAUUAACNUUUUUUAAUGAGAAAAAAUGCAAACAAACGGAAUCUCGUAACUUACUGAAGUAGGGUAUUGAUUGAACCCGAUACCCUUUUUAAUCUAACCUAACGCCAUAUCCAAUAACUACCUACCUAAUUAUUAAGAAGUUGAUUUUAUGACAAUAUAAGUAAAUUUCAAUAUAUUUUAGGUAACUAGAGUGACAUCUCGAAAUCGCUGGUGUGAAAUCACACCAGUGCCGUUAUGACGGUGGCGACGGGGGGGGGGCGUACCCAAUUUUUUUUAAUUUUCGGUUAUUUCUGUGUAUUUCUUCGUUCAGCAAAAUAUGAUAACUCAUAUAAUAAGAAUAAGUGUCCCCCUAAAUCGAAUAAAAUAAAAAAUUAACGAUAUAAUUAUUUAGAUUUUAACUAUAUUGUAAUCGUGUUUUCAGAAUUUUAUUUUAUUAUUUUAUUAAAGAUAUUAUAUAAUUUAUAUAUCAAAAUUAUCAUUUCAACAAUUUGUUUAAAAUGAUUUAAGAAUAAUUUGUUCAGAAUAUUAUAUAAAUAUAUAAUUUAUUAUGGUAUUUUAGCAAUAAAGUUCUCAAAAUAUGAAUUUAAUAAUAUCAUUUCUUCAAUGAAAAAUUGAUAUUAAUAUAAUAUUGCCAUUGCGGAUAAGCUAUUAUGGUUUAUUCCUGAAAAACAUAAACCAUGCAUAAACGAUAAAAUAUGGGUAACUGGUUAGUAAUCACAGAUUUUGCUCAUUUACAUAUACGUGUCUCACCAAAAUCGUCAGCGAAUAGAAAAUAUUAAACUUAUUUCUUUUAAUCUAAAAAAUAGCCAUUCUCCGAAGUUUGAACAUCACUAUACUGUUCAAUAUACGUAUUAACAAAUUAUUGAUAAAAUGAAAAGAAUUUGUCAGCAAGUUGUCAAUUUAUUCAUAUAUUUAUUAUAAAAUUAUUAUAUGUGACACAAUGAAUGAACUGUAUAAUAAAACUACUAAAUAUCUUAGUCGAUAGAUUAUACCUUCUCUGUUUUGGUAAAAUGUCUAAUACGUCAAAUAUGAACUCAUAUUCAGACGAAUAAAACUCAAUUACGUCCGUUAUAAUUAAAUUUUAAUAAAAAAAUGUAUGUACUUGAUCAAAUAAAAUAAAAAAUUUCAUAUUUUUAUCAAGUUGUUACACUGAAAAAAUUCAUAUUAUAGAAUCAAUAUAACUUAUGAGGCCGAUUUCAAGCCUAUAAAUUAUUUAACCAAUAGUCAUUUUUGACCGAUAUUUUAUCGACCUAUUAAGGCAUUGAAGCUUUGUGCAAUAUCAUUAAAUUUCUAUUGAUUCAAUAACCCAAUUUUUUUAGACCAAUGACUAAUUACUGAUUGAAUAAUUUUUUGUGCAACCGUUCAUAAAUGAAUUAAAUAAAUAUUCAUGACAUUUUAAUUAUAAAUUUACCAUGUCAUUAUCGUUCCCAAAAUUAUGUGUUCCCCUAAGCAGCAUGGUUUUCUAGAGUUUUACUAUAAAAAUGUCUGUUGUACUUGUGUAAUCUUCACAUGAUAGAUAAUAUUUUGUCCCAUUCGUCACUACACUGCCAAUUUGCAUUUGCCUGUCUUUAUUCACCUCAGUUUAUAACGAACACAUCACAAGAUCCUAAUCCCAAAAUUUAAGUUAUAUAUAUUAAACCUUUAUUAUUUAUUCAGUUUUAAACUGGUCAGCUCUAAUUACGUAAUAUUUUAAAAUUUAAUCCCUCAUCAAUAAUUAAGUACUAAUGAUGAAAUACUAUUUACCAAAAAUUAAACUAAUUAUUAUAAUUGACAGUUAGGAAUUUUUAAUAUGUUUUAAAUGAUUCAAAGUUUGGUAACAUAAAUACAUUUUUUUUUUAAAAUCAUUAUUGGUUUUCAUGAUUCUAUUAAGGGACAUUGUAUAACUAUAUUCUCCGUGUUCAAAAAAAAGUAUAUCAUUCCCUAGAAUUAUGAUUAGGAGUAUGAAAAAAAAUAACGAUUUGAGAAAUUAGGCCAGUCAAUAUUUCCGUGCAAAAGUUUUUUAUAAAAGUAUAUUAUGUUCUCAUAUACAAUUCUCGAAGUAAGAAAAGUAUUUUCAUGGAAUUAACUUAAAUUCAAAUACAAAUACGCCUAAGUACAAUUUAAAAUAAUAUUGUUUGACUAGUAAGGCCAAAUAAUUAUUGUUCGUCAAGACACAUUGAUCAAACGUUGCGCAUUGUAUUUUUAAUCAUAGGUCCAAAAGUGUUUUUUAUUUGGGGGUGCUGAUAACAUUUUUUUGAUCCUAAACACCUUUUUCAUUUUAUACCAUUUUUCAAAUGUAUUAUGCAAUUAUAGCAAUUCUAUGUUUCUUAUGUUAGCAAUAGAGAUCAAUCAAGCGUAAGACAUGCUCAUAAUUAUCUCAGAAAUAUGUACGUUUGUGUUUCUUUCCAAAAUGUAAUAUUUUACAAUUAUAGAAGCAAGUACCCCUAAAAUUGAUCACUGUCAUAUUUCUUGGUUUUAUAGUUUGGUUAAUAAACAAUCAUCACUUUUGAAUUUUACAUCGGUUUAUUUACUUUUAACCGAUUUUACAUUAUAAUUUACUAAUUAUUAAUCAUAAAUCAACUACUUAUAUCAGUGAAGUGUCGAUCGGUUUUACCGUUUUUGCUUAUAAGUUGUAAAGAAUUUCCUUACAAAUAAAAUUCAACUGCAAAGGUGGUGGAAAAAGUGAUAACUUAAAAGAGCUUUACAGUUUGAAUUGGUGAAGUCAGACAUAAAGCAAAACAAACUUUUAACAAAGUUUACGAACUUCCGUUUCUUUACUCCUGGCACCAACGAGGUAUGCGUCAUAACUCCUAAGAUUGGAUCGAAUGCAUUAUUAAUCACAAAUAAAUUCAAAUAGUUUGUGACUUAAGUGUUAUUAUUUUAUGUUAUGUAUUUUUUUUCAAAUUUUUUUAUGACCUAUAAAUAAUUGAGUAAACAAUAAAAAGGUCAGUAGGUACUAUUUAAUGAGUGAUAAUUGUUAGGCAUUACUGUAAACUAUAUUGCAUUGACGUAAUAUAUUUUUCAGUGAUGUCAUCGUCAGUUAUACACAUAAAUCGUAACUAUCAUUUGAUUAUAUUCAAUAUUCGAUACUUCAUUUCGUUUCCUGAUCGUGUAUAUACAAUUCAUAACUCACUUUAUCGCAUAUUAACUAGUAAUCUAUUGUUUACAAAAUUAAAGUUAUAAAUUAUAAUAUAAUAUAAUAUAUAUUCUUCUUUUUGAGCUUUCAAAUAUGAACACCUGGUUUUACCUAAUGUUAAUAUAUUCCAUGUCAAUAACAUGUAAGUUACAUUUAUUGAUUAUAAGAAUUAUAUUGUACGAAGAUUAUUGUAUUAGUUUUAGGUUAGUUUUAUGUUUUAUGUUUGUAUAGACAGAUAUCUAAUAGGAAUUUGAUAUUAUAAUAUGAUAAUAAUAGGAAUUGUUGUGGAAACUUCUAAACCAUAUAUAGAGUGCAGAAGUUGAAAUGAAGUUAAGUUUUAAAUGAUUUAAGGGGUACUAAAUAUUGUUUUAUUUUAAGUAAACUGGUUCAAAUAUGUUUGAUUUUUACGAAGAUAAACAAAUAACUAUCUAUACGUUGUUUCAUUAAAAUAUUUUAAUUAAUCUUAGAUAAAAUACAAGGAUUUCCAGGGUAGUAUGAAUGAUUGAAUGUAUUAGUGAUGUAACAUAAAUCCGGACAAUCCGAUAAUCCAAAAAAUCCAGUUUUUGUACUCAAGAAUUCGAGAAUUUCGAUUUUCGAAUUGAAAAUAAAUAAUUAUGCGUAUUCUUUGAAUUAUACAGAACAUGUUUAAAGGAAUCCAAAAUAAGUGUUUUAAAAUCCAAAAUACUGACUAAAAUUCUAGAUUAAUGUUUUUUGGCAAAUUCGAAUUUUCUCAUCGCAACAAAUAAAACAAGAACUCUCUUUUAUAACCUACCAUCAUAUUACACCCCACGUGAUCGAAAUUUUCAAAAUAAAUAGAACAAUAAAUUUGUAAAAUAAAUUCAACUAAAUUCAUUCCUUGAAUUUUUAUCUUGGAUCUUUAUAUUUAUAUUAUAUUUUUCGUAAACAUUUUGUAUUAAUUAUAUAUUAUUAAAACAUAUUAUUUAUGAUUUCCUUUCUGAACCUAGCAAGGUAUUGACUGGUAAAUUAGUGUAACUAUGAUGUAUUUUAUCUGCUAUCUGUUCAGAACUUUUCUUUAGCUCAUCAGAAAUUACCUCAAAUAGUGACUAUAUGUUAGCAGUUAAAGCUUUAAUAUUGAUUCGUAAAAUCGGGACAUUUAAAAAUUUAUGUAAUCGAACGUAGCCUAGAAUAAUUUUACGUUACCAAAUUUUUAUCUCAUUGUGCACAAAUUAAAUGAUAGUGUGUAUUCUACCAUUUAACUUCCUGCCUAUAACAGUAGCACAAUCAUCAGUAGUAUAAGCCUGCGGGAUUAACCAAUAGUCUCAAUGGUUAUAUAAUUGAACAUCGUUCAAUCGAAUAAUCGGUUAUAUUUUUCCUAUCGGUAUAUUCAGUAUUAAGAUACUGUUUACAUACUGUCCAUUUUUCUACAACAUGUUGUAAUAAAUAGCUAUUUGUAGUUUAAUUAAAAUGUAUAUAAGGAAUAAUAAGUAAUAAGUAUAUUAAUAAUAUUAUUUAUAUUACUUAACAUAAUAAUACCUAUGUAUAAUAUUUAAAUAAUAGAUUAAAAUUAAUAUAAUGUUUUAACAGAUAAUGAGAAAUUGUUUAUUACUCUGCCUAAAAAAAUUUGGCAUUUUACAUAGUGCCUAGGUAUUUUAUAAAAUACCUAGGUCAAAUGUAAAAUAAUAUUAAUAAUUAGGUUAUAUUUAUAUUGUCUAAAAUGAGUUGGCAAUAUGCAUAAUGCCUAGGUAGUUUGCAAAAUACCUGAAUUGUCUAUAUUGCCGGUGACAUAUAUAUAUAUAUAAUCGACAAAAAAAUAAUAAUAUAUACUUUUUACCAAGAUGACUUUAUCAACAAAAAUCAUAUCCCAAAAUAAAAACAUCCUUGUGUCAGCUUUCCUUUAUGAGUCAAAUUUUUGGAAUUUCAAUAGCUAUAAACCUUCUUGGUACAAUAAGGAACCAAUUAUCGAAAAGUUCCUGUGAAAUCGGUCCAGUGAUUUUUCAAUCUUUAAAGGACAUACAGACAGACAUAUAUUUAGUUUUAUUAAAUUUCAUCAUCGCAAUACUAUUCUAACGAAAUAUCUAAAUUUCUCACUAGAAAGUAAUUCGCCCUCCCUUCUCCGUUUAUAACCACUAAAUUGAGAUUUUGAUACCGUGUUAUUUCAUCGAUAAUUAUGAUAAAUCGAUUUUUUUUUUAAAUUAAAUGACUAUGGUGCAUUACGAGUAACUAUAUCUUGCCAGCCUGGUUAGAAGUAGUGAUUUUUUUGUUUAUGUACUUUUAUAAUGGAAUUUGAAUGUUUAAAUAAUUAUUUAAUCUAUUGAAAAACGUUUUUAAUAUAGGUAAUUCAUUCAAUCCACAUGUAAAAUAUGAAAAUUUCGAAAACACGUCAAUCAAAGAUCUUACAGUAAAAGAGCUAACAUCUGGAAACUACAGCGCACAGGAAACAGAAUUAAGAGAUAAUAAAACCAAUACACCAAAACCUUUUUUUGAAAAAACAAGAUCAAUAUUGCCGCGUUUACCGGGCAUAGCUAAAGAAAUAGCCAAUGCCGUCGUCUCAGACAUAUCCACAGACGUAACUCCGGAUCUACCCAAAAACCUACCCAUGACCUGGGGAUUAUUGAAUUUUGUUAUUACCAAUGUGAAAAAAGUAAACGCAUUUCUUUAGUUAUACAAUCAAUAAUAUUGUAAAUAAUUUAACAAUUUAACAAUUCAUUACACAGCAAUUACAGAACCUGAAAGGUAAUAUUUUAGUUGGUGCACUAAAAUUAUUAUUAAUUAUUAUUAAGUCUUAAUAACUAUCAAUUUUUUAAUGUUUAUUGUAUAUUUUACCGAUAAAUAUUCAAUAAGAACACACACGAUUAUGACAGGGAAUACCGUGUACUAAUCGAACAAUCAUGGUAUUUAAUUAAAUAUAUUAUGCAAACUGUUUACAAUUAUUUGGAUUGAGUGGCCAAACAAAAAAUGAAAAUGGAAAUAAUGAAGGUUAUGGUACACUGACUCUGUGUUUACCACGGAAUAAGAUAGUAAAAAGUUACACGGUUUGGUAAUGCUAUGGUGGAACCCGAGAGCCACAAUAGGUGUUCAUGGGACAGGUCCACAAAUGUUUCCUUUGUUAUCACACAAAAUUGCAAAUCAACUGAUUUUAAAGCUGCUGAUGAUUGAAUUUAGUGUCACAUUUUUAGCCACAAUACUAAUGUUAUUAUUAUACAUUGCAGAGAAAUAUUAUCAUGCCUACUGAUGGCGUUGAAAUUAUUGACCAUUUUCAUCACGAACCCCCACCCACACUUGUCUCAUGUUUGCUAAUGUGUUGCCGUCACAAACUAAAAUAAUAUGAAUUGGCAACUGUAGAAAUUCCAUUCGAGAUAUUGUUGCCGUCGAUGUCGUUAUUUUCUAGUUAAAAUAUCGAAACGCCCGCCACUAUAUACAACUCGACGCGCAACAGAAUGGGGUCAGUUCGGCCUCUUUAUAUUAUAAUUACAAUACAAUACAUAAUGUUUAUAAUUAUUCGGACCUAAUGUAAUUUAUGAAAUUAAUAUUUGAGCGUUGUAGGAUAAAAUGUUGGCGAAAAAUUUAAAAAGGCUGUAUUUGAAAACCUAACCUAACCUAACCUAACCGAACCUCACUCAGAUAAAUUUUUUUUUUGUUAAUGUUCCCUUCCNAUUUGUAUUAUUUUAAAACGUUUAUUACAACUUAUUCACAAAUUUGAACAGCAAUAUUAUUGCGUUGUUAAAUUUAAAAAUUAGUACUUGAAAUAUUUUUAAUUCUCUUUCACGCACAUGCUGUUUCAACAUAAUAUAUUAUAAAAUCAUUUACUAACUGAUAAUUAUUGUAUAUUCACUGUCCAUAUAUAUAAAGAUUUUUAACAUUACUAUUUGUAUUUUUAGUAAGUUGUUCAUUCAAGCGAGGUGAGAACUACUAUACAAUCUAUGUUAGGUUUGACAGUAUACUGUUUGGGACACAACAUUUUGAAUUUAAUGCUUUACGUGAAAGAAUUAGGAGAAGGGAUGUGCCUAUCAUUGAAGAGGAUGAAUCGAACAAUAAUUCAGACAAUAAUUCAAAUGAUGAAUCAGACAAUAAAUCAGACGAUGAAUCAGACAAUGAAGAGUAUGUUUAUAGAAUAUGUAACUUAAAAUUAUUCAUAAUAUUAACGCAUGUAUUAGUAUUGUUAGAUUCUGAGCGUAGUGACGGAGCUAUAAUUUUACAACAUUAUUUAUUUCUUUUCAUAUUUCGAGCGUAGAGAGGGAUUUAUUGAUUUAACCAAGAUCAAAAUCACGGGACGACUAUUUUUUUUCUUUUAAGAUUUAUGAAGAAGAAAAUUUAUUUAGAAUUAUGUCUUACCGAACAGCGCGGGAAAUCGUCUAACGUUAAGCAAUGGAUAAUCGUUGUAACGAUAACGGUAACAGUUAGGUUAGGGUUUUUUACGCCAUACAAUAAAACAAUAAUGCAUUUAAUUUAUUACUGAUACAAAUAAAUUUAUAGUACAAUAAUAACGAUCAAAUAUAUUAUGUAAUAUCUACGACUUACAAAAACAGUAAACGAGUUACAUGAUAGAUAUCUUUUACCCAAACGGAAAACUCAAAUGAAAAUUAAUUAUUGGCACACAUUGAUAUAUCAAAAAAUCUCUCUAUCAAUUAAAAAAAAAAUCGUGCUCUAUAAUGCCCUUAUAAUCUAAGACUGUAGGGAAAUCAUAUUUUUAAAAAUUUAGUAAUGGUUGUCCAGCACUACACUGAAAUAUGUGGUCACCAACCACUGUUAAACUUCAAUUAAUAUGUUUUUAUCAUCUGAUUAUAAAUGAAUUAAGAAAUAAAUGUCUUAUAACAUUGACUUAAUAUAGACUGUAAAUAAAAGUAUAAUGACUAAUAGCAUUAUUGUUAUUCUUAUUAUUAUGUGUACUUAGAUUAACUACAAUCCCAGUAUCACUGUUGGAGAAGAAUGUAAUCACAAUAACUACCGAAGAAGAAUUUAUAAAACGUGCAUCUGAUACACACAUUUUUCCUUACCACGUAAGAUCAUUCUCUCAUGAGUAUGAGAAUAAUAAUAAUGUGAAUGAGUUACAAAUACAUUUUUUGACAGGUGAUAAUAACGGCGUCAAUUAAUGAACAAGAAAAAUGGUGCCAAGGUGUGUUAAUCAAAUCAAACUGGAUAUUAACUUCUAAGACUUGCAUCAAAAAGUAAAUAUUUUAUUUAAAAUAAUAGUACUACAAUGCAGAUAAUUGUAUUUUAUUUUGUAUAAUAAUAUUUAUAUGUCGACGAUAAGCAGGUAUUAUUGCUUUAUGAAAAUGUGUAUUUUUGUCUUUAUCUUUGGGAUUAGUAAAAAUGCCACUAUUUAUACGGGGUAUUUCUGAAUACUUACUUUUAAAUAUGCAGAAAUUCUAUCCGAUAAUAUCAUAUACGAUAUGUUUUUUAAUUUAUUUCAUCUGUGAAAAUUUAUUGAUAUACUUAAAUCAAUAAAUGUAUUAGGUGUUUACUAAAAAAAAAGUUAUAAUUUCUAUAUUUUACCUUAUGGCCUAUUCACAAUAAUAUGUGGACUACACAUAGAGCGAAGUGUGUAAGUAUAAUGUGGAUGCCGGCUUAAAGAAUCAUAUUUUGUACAAAUCAUUUACAAAACAUUAAGGGGUUUUACGGUACUGUUUUUUAUGUUAAUUUUCAUUCGUAUACAAAUAUAUUUUAAUUUUUAUUUAGCCAUUUCGAUCUGAAUUCCAAGAGACACACGAAAAUAUUUUUGGAUGCAAUAAAUAAUGCGGAUUCUAACUUUAUAUUUUAUUCUAAUGUGAUAUUAAAAUACUACGUAACAGUUGGUCCGACAUUGGUGGAACCGGGUCCAGAUGGUCUUGAAGAUAUGGUGUUAUUGAAGGCAAGUAUUAAGGAGUACAUAUUUAUUUAUUUGUUUAAGUUUAAAUGAGCCAGGCCCAAUUACAUAAAACGUAAUAACAAUCGUUCGAUAAAAAUGAUACUCGUAAGAAAAAAUUGUAAAACAAUAACAUACAAUAUACAAUCAAUAUAAUACUAAUACCUUUGUAUUAAAUAGUUUGAAAAACCAUUAAAUUUUUCAUAAUUCCGUUGGUGGAGGGGAGAAUAUUGCUUGUAUAAUUGGUUACUUCAGUUUCAUUCAGUAAUGUAUUAUUAUAUGAAUAAAUCAUUAAAUUUUUAUUGGUUUUACAUUUAUUAUUAAGUUUCGAAAUAACAAAAAAUGCCAAGGUCUAUGGUGCUGUUUUGGGACCAGAGUCCGAUGUAGCAUUUCAGAACACAAAUUUUACUCAAAAGAUGAGAAUAUAUGAGAAAAAGUCAUUAUCUGUUAUUUAUUAAUAUUAAGAGUAAAGUUAUUGCUUGUACAUAAUUCAUAAGGAGUAUUUAAAUAAUAUUGAAUUAAAUCAGCCUUUUGAUGGUUUCACUUCCCUGAUAUUAUAAAAAAAUUAGUACUGACAUAAAUAUGAAACAUGACAUUCUGUAUAAUCAAUAACUAUUUUUUGAGUAAAGCUUGCAUUUAAAAAGAAAAGUUUCAUGUCACAUUAUUUUGCUUUAAAAAUUUUCCGUUUACGUUAUUUUUUUAACACUGUUACACCUAAUAUUCUUAUUAGCUGCUCAUAUUUUAUUGAUGUCUGGAACAUGCAUGCAUUUUAGAAAUAAUCAAUUAUUAUUUCGACCCAGGUAGUUAACCUAUCAAAAAAUUAAGAACAUCAGACAAAUUCGAUUGCCAAUUAUUAACUUUAUAAAUAAAAUCGGAGUCGGGAAAUACCAAAGUAUUUUUCUAAAUGUACAUUAUGUACAUCGAAUGUAAACAAAAAACUUUAUUAUUUUAGAAACAAUUAAAUAAUCUUUAAUGAAUUCGUAAUAGUAAAAUUAAAAAACUAUAUAUAGAAUGUGCCCCAGAUAAUUUUUACAUAAAAAUCAUUUCUAACCCGUUGAUAAUUUCGAAAUACAUCUAUGAGUUUGAAAUAAAUAACCUUUAAUAAUACAAGAUGUAACUAUGUUAUAGAUUGUUACCGUGCCCAAAAGCACAGAAGUUACCGCGGUAGAUCUCAAAUUAUCAGAGAAUGAUAUUGUGGAGGGCAAUUGUUUCAUUGUGACCCGUUGUUCGGUAAGCAAAACAUGAUCUAGCCUAGAAUAUAAUGGCUAACACGUUAUUUUUUUUUUUAACCGAAAAAAAAAUAAAUUUAAAUCUGAUUUUAUUUCCGAUCAACGAUAAUUAUGUUAUAUACAUUGCUGUGUUUUUUCAGGAUGGCGUAGUGCGUGGUUUGUUAUAUAAACUGGAAGAUCGGGAAUUUGAAAUAGACUUCGGGGUAAUAUUCUUAAUUAUGUAAUUUAUAAAAAUUGUUUUCCUAUUACAGGCUGUUCCAUAAAUCACCAUCUGUUAAUUACUAUACCGUGCACCACUCUCGAAUACUAUAUAUGUCUUUUAAAUUAAACAGUAAAUAAAAAUUUUUCGAUAUUCAAAACUUCCCUACAUUAUAUGUGCAUAGUCGUACCAUGAAUUAAAUCGGCCGUGCAAGCAAAGUAACCGGGAGACAGAGCUCUUUCUGUAAUGUAAUAACAUAUUAUAAUCCUGAAAUUUUUUAAUUUUUUAAACGAAAUAUAUUAUUAUAUUUUAAUACGAUAUUAUGGUCUAUUAUGGUUUUCAUUGUUUUUUGUAUACGGUAAUGUGUCCAACUUAAUGUAAUGUGAUUUUAAUUUCUUUAAUGAAUUAUGCGGAAUAAGAUUUGAUGUCAAUAUUGAUAAUAAAUUAAUUAGCUAAUUGUUUGCUGCCAUUAAUUAUAAUGAUAUGUAUAUUACAAUUAGUGUACCUAUAAUUCAAUUCUAUAUUNACGAUAUUAUGGUUUAGUAUGGUUUUCAUUGAUUUUGUAUACGGUAAUGUGUCCAACUUAAUGUAAUGUGAUUUUAAUUUCUUUAAUGAAUUAUGCGGAAUAAGAUUUAAUGUCAACAUUUAUUAUAAAUUGAUUAGCUAAUAGUUUGCAUGCAUCAUUUAUAACGAAAUGUAUAUUACAUUUAGUGUACCUAUAAUUCAGACCAAUAUUGUUUUUGAUUUGGACUAACGAAAUGAUAAUGUUUUUAUCUAGUUUUUGAAACCAGGGACUACAAUUGUGUGUGAUGACCAGUUGUUGAGCAUCAAAACCAAUGAAACUUCGUUCUACCCUAUUUUCAACGCAAAAAAAUGGAUAGAAAAUGGUAUACAGGGUAAAGAAAAUCAAAAGUCGAUCCGUAGUAUUAAAUGA